GGCUGCGUGGAUGGAUGAGGUCAGCGCUGUGGUGUCGGGGAAUGGAAUGUGUAAGUGUAACAUUCAGAACCGGGUAACGUUCGGAGAUCGAACUCUGCGAUCGGCGACGUUCGAACAGGGGCAGGCAGCCUCCUCCGUGCUUCGGCAGGUCGCACCUCAUUGACUGACUGGGGGGCGGGAGCAAAGAGGAGGAGGAGGAGGAAGAAGGAGGAGGAUCUUCGCUGCUUCGGCUGGUUCCAUCCCGGGGGCCAUUCACAGAGAUCGCGGAGAGAGGGGUAAACAGCCCCAGAGUCUAGGAGCUCCUCUGCAGAAGAGAAUAAAGAGAAAUGCAGGGAUUUGUAAGGUUAAGGCGCUCAAGCUGGAAGAUGUGAUAAUGAUAGCGGUGUGAACCGGCGCUGGCUGUGAGCUGCUGCUGACUUGCUCUGGAACCAGGGGGCUUAGUGAUUGCGGGAGUGUUUUGGAUGAGUUGAAGUUGCUGCUGUACCUUGAUCGUUUGCAACACUAGAGAGAGAGAGAGAGUGGGGGAGGGGAAACACACUCAGUCUUGCAACUGAUUGAGGGGUGAAGGGAGCUGGAUUUGGUGCUUAUUUCAUUUGUGUGUGUAUGUGGGUGCAUGCAGGAGAAUUCCCAGCCUUUUGCCUCGCAAGCUCGUGCUGGGCGUGAAUUAUUCGCCUUCGCUGUUUCUCUCUCUCUCUCUAUUGUGCGAGCCAAAGAUGAAAGACAGAAGGGGAGAAAGUUAAAGAAAUCGCCCACAUGCGCUGCAUCAGUCCAAGCCUUUGGGAAAGGAAUAAAGAGAAGGUAGUAGAAGAGAGUUUGAAGUCUUUGCAGGCGGGAAGAUGGCGGACUGGAGCUGAAAGUGUUGAUUGGCAAACUUGGGUGAUCCUUGUGUUUAUUUACAAUCAUCUUGACCCAGAUAGGACACAUGCAGGCCAAAAAACGCUAUUUCAUCCUGCUCUCAGCUGGCACUUGUCUCGUCCUUUUGUUUUACUUCGGGGGCUUGCAGUUCAGGGCAGCGAGAAACCAAAGCAGGAGAGAGGAGCACAGUAGCAGAAAUGGCUUGCACCACUCCAGCCCGGAUCAUUAUUGGCCCCGGUUCCCGGACGCUUUGCGCCCCUUCAUUCCUUGGGAUCAAUUGGAAAACGAGGAUUACAAUGUGCACAUUUCCCCUAGGCAGAAGAGAGACGCCAACUCCAGCGUCUACAAAGGCAAGAAGUGCCGCAUGGAGUCCUGCUUCGAUUUCACCCUUUGCAAGAAAAACGGCUUCAAAGUCUACGUAUACCCGCAGCAGAAAGGGGAGAAAAUCGCCGAAAGUUACCAAAACAUUCUAGCAGCCAUCGAGGGAUCCAGGUUUUACACUUCCGAUCCGAGCCAAGCUUGCCUGUUUGUCCUGAGCUUGGAUACCUUAGACAGAGACCAGUUGUCACCCCAGUACGUGCACAACCUGCGAUCGAAAGUGCAAAGCCUCCACUUGUGGAACAAUGGUAGAAAUCAUUUAAUUUUUAAUUUAUAUUCCGGCACCUGGCCCGAUUACACUGAAGACGUGGGGUUUGAUAUUGGCCAGGCGAUGCUGGCUAAAGCUAGCAUCAGUACUGAAAACUUCAGACCGAAUUUCGAUGUUUCUAUUCCGCUCUUUUCUAAGGAUCAUCCUAGGACAGGAGGGGAGAAGGGAUUUCUAAGGUUUAACACCAUCCCUCCUCUCAGGAAGUACAUGUUGGUAUUCAAGGGGAAAAGGUACCUGACAGGGAUAGGGUCAGACACCAGGAAUGCCUUAUAUCACGUCCACAACGGGGAGGAUGUUGUCCUCUUGACCACCUGCAAGCAUGGCAAAGACUGGCAAAAGCACAAGGAUUCGCGUUGCGAUAGAGACAACACCGAAUAUGAAAAGUUUGAUUAUCGUGAAAUGCUGCACAAUGCCACUUUCUGUCUGGUUCCCCGUGGCCGCAGGCUUGGAUCCUUCAGGUUUCUGGAGGCUCUGCAGGCUGCCUGUGUCCCAGUUAUGCUUAGCAAUGGAUGGGAGUUGCCAUUCUCCGAAGUGAUUGAUUGGAACCAAGCUGCCGUCAUAGGGGAUGAGAGAUUGUUAUUACAGAUUCCUUCUACAAUCAGGUCUAUCCAUCAGGAUAAAAUCCUAGCACUUAGACAGCAGACACAGUUCUUGUGGGAGGCUUAUUUUUCUUCAGUUGAGAAGAUUGUAUUGACUACACUAGAGAUUAUUCAGGACAGAAUAUUUAAGCACAUAUCACGUAACAGUUUAAUAUGGAACAAACAUCCUGGAGGGUUAUUCGUAUUGCCACAGUAUUCCUCAUAUCUGGGAGAUUUUCCUUACUACUAUGCUAAUCUAGGACUUAAGACCCCCUCCAAGUUCACUGCCGUUAUCCAUGCAGUAACACCCUUGGUAUCUCAGUCUCAGCCUGUGCUGAAACUCCUGGUUGCUGUAGCCAAGUCCCAGUACUGUGCACAGAUCAUUGUUUUAUGGAAUUGUGAUAAACCCCUCCCAGCCAAACACCGCUGGCCUGCCACUCCUGUGCCUGUCAUAGUCAUCGAAGGGGAGAGCAAGGUUAUGAGCAGUCGCUUCCUACCUUAUGACAACAUAGUCACAGAUGCUGUGCUAAGCCUUGACGAGGACACCGUGCUUUCAACCACCGAGGUGGAUUUUGCCUUUACAGUAUGGCAGAGUUUUCCGGAGAGGAUUGUAGGGUACCCUGCUCGCAGUCACUUUUGGGAUAAUACUAAGGAGAGAUGGGGCUAUACAUCCAAAUGGACUAAUGACUAUUCCAUGGUGUUGACAGGAGCUGCUAUUUACCACAAAUAUUAUCACUACCUGUACACUCAUUACCUGCCUGCCAGCCUGAAGAAUAUGGUGGACCAACUGGCCAAUUGUGAGGACAUUCUAAUGAAUUUUUUGGUGUCCGCUGUGACAAAACUGCCUCCAAUCAAAGUAACACAGAAAAAACAGUAUAAGGAGACCAUGAUGGGGCAGACUUCCAGGGCUUCCCGCUGGGCUGACCCAGAUCAUUUUGCCCAGCGGCAGAGCUGCAUGAACACUUUCGCCAGCUGGUUUGGCUAUAUGCCGCUGAUCCAUUCUCAGAUGAGGCUUGACCCUGUCCUCUUUAAAGAUCAGGUCUCCAUCCUGAGGAAGAAAUAUCGAGACAUUGAACGACUUUGAGGAGCCCUGCUGAGGGGCCUGAACUGUUCUCCAUGCCCAGUGCAGAUCCACAGACACUUGGAGCCAGACUGUAACGAGGACAAAAACACAUGCAAGUGGAAAGUAGAGUUAUGUGGCUUCAAGGAAUCAUUGUGCUGGACUGCUUCAAACCACCUCACAGGCUUCUGUCGUUCAAGACUAGGUUGUGUACAGUUUCAUUAUGGAACAUUAAAUAAUUAUUUUUGAAAUGAUUGCUAUGCAGGUUAAAACUUUUUUAAUGAUCAAAAAAACCCACAACUAUUAAAAACAGAGUUCUUUCUUUAAUCAAAAUGGUGUUGGGUGUGAAUAUUUCCAAGUUGCCAUUCCUUUCUUACAAGCAUUCGAAGCUGCCAUUGUUUUCUGACAAGCGUUUUAAUAUCAUUGCAGGGGAACUGAAUGAAAAUUGCAAAAUUAAAAGUUCAGCUCUCACAGGUAGAAAAUGCAGCAGUUUCAAAAAAAAAAAUCAGGCACAAACAGGACAGAAAUUAUACACUGUUUCACUUAAUGCCUUUUUUGCUUUUAGUUUUUUAAUUUUCUCUUUCACUGCUCAAGUCAAUGAUAGUAAAUGUAUCAACCAUUCUAUUGCACAGAGGGAAAGCUGAAGAAUGUCCAUUUAGUGAAGCAUAGUUAAGAUCCUUCUGUUUAGGGAACAAAGACAAUUAAACCCUAUUUUUUUAAAUGGGGAAAAAAGAUUGAUGCCUAAGAAAUAUUAGUCGAUUUGCCUGGUUUGCACAAAGAACAAAACAGGAUGGAAGUCAAAGAGGAGGAAUCCAAUGCCUUUUAUUGGUGGAGGUUAUAUUUGAGUUAUGAAUGACACAUAAGAAAUCAUCCUGACUUCGCUCAUCAGGGUGUGGCAGGAGUUUGGAAGUUCCGUUUUAAUUAUAUACCUAUCAUGAGUGGAGGGAAAUAUAGUAGCUAUAGCUACAGUGAUGGGUAAGCUACAGUUUGCAUGAGUUGCUCUUCUCAUGCACAUGGGAAUAUGUAUCACGGAGGCACUGUUUAUGUCACAAUAGUUAAGGAUCUAUCAACAUUCCCAUUUUAAUCCCCUUGUUUUGAAGGGGGAUGGGAGGAAGAGCUUGGCUUACAAGGACUUUGCCUGAAACCAGUUGUACUGAGGAAAAUCAAAUCAGUCUAGGUAUUUUAUAGUUGUAAGAGUGAAACCAAGUAGCCAGAUUCCAUCCUGGAGUUCUGUUGGUAUGGAGUAUUUCUAUCAGUGGCGGUAGUUACUCCAGAUUUAACCCACGGUAACUCAAAGUAGAAUCUGGCCCAAAGAUACAUGUGGUAGUUCCAGGUUCUUUUCUGUUUUCCUUAUAACUCACAAAUGGUUUUCUCAUUUCAAACAGAAACAUUUCCAUUAUUUACGCCAUAGUGUGAACUAGUUACGUGUGUGUUUAAAUUGUGGGAAUAAAAUAAAAACACUGAUUUGAGUUAAAAAGAAGCGAUUACUAUCUAUUGGAUAAAUAAGCACUUUUAGCAAUUAUUUUAAUUGUCACACAUUUCUGCGAGAUGUCUCUGGGUAUUUGAUAACAAUAAUCACUCACAAAAAAGUGUGUUAAAAUGACAGCAAGAAAGUGUGACUUUGGCCCUAGAUAAAACCACUGCAGAGCAUUCCUUACCUCAAUCUGUUGUCUCUAGACCAGUGUUUCUCAAAUGCGGCCACCAGGGACUUUUCUUGUGGCCACACUCCUGGAUGGUGAUUGGAGGAGAGGGGGGGAAAGCGGUGGCCCUUCCCAUGGAGCCACCAGCAAGGCCUGGGCCUUGUUCCCCUCUUGGGACACACAUGCUGGAGGAGCAGGCAGCCAGUGAGUUCCCCACCUUUCUGUGGGGGCCGGGGGAUCAGGCUUCAGCCUUGGGGUGGUGAGCGGCAGGCUCCAGGCGUGGGGCUGCAUGCUUCAUCUCUGGCCUGUGGUCCAUCCCUGGGCCCCAUUCCCCGGGUGCAGGGCACAAAGCUCUAUCCCCAAAGCUCUGCCACAACAGGCUCCAGCCUUGGCCCUUGGCUGUGCAGCGGUAGGCUCCAGCCCUGGGCUCACCCCCCAUUGCCCCUCGCUUCUGCUGCCUCUGCCAGAUCCCCACCCAUUCCCCUUAUUGCCCCUGGCCCACUUACCUCCCUAUCCACCUCCCCAUCCAGGGUUUACUUUGGCCCUUGGCUUGCCGGUUCUGAGUAAGUCUACUGUGAAGAGUGAUACUUGUAUGUAUGUUAAUAGCACUUGUCACAGCAGAUUUAGCAGCUAUCUGGGAGGCUGUGCAAGGUGAUAUUAAUAUGCUAGCAUCACUUUUCACUGCAGCAGACUUACUAGCCAGCAACUCUCUCAAAAAAAGCAACCAAAAAAGCAAAAGAAACCACAAAAGACAAGAACGUGCAAAGCACCUUAUUAGUGUUUCAGGUCUGUUUAGAUCCAGUAAAGAAUGGAGACAACUUUGUGUUAUUUUUAUCUGCAAAAAAACAAAACAAAAACAAAGCCACCAACACACACAAAUUACAAUGAUUUGGACACGUGUAUGUGCAUAUUUAUUUGUCUUUUUCUAAAAUUAAUUAAAUAUUUUAGGAAAAAUUGUCAGAGCAGCUACCAGCAAGAGUUGGUGGCCGCAAUCUGAGGCCAUCAAAAAAAUUGUUGUGAGAACAUCUGGUCUAGACAGUUGAUACAGGGGAUGGAGAGAGCAUGCUCUCGAAGCCAGAGAAAGAGUGAAGGUGGUUGGGUCAGAGUUACUGGGUUCUAUUCCUAACUCAGUCACUGAUUCCACAUGUGGCUUUGGUCAAAUCACUUAAUCACUGUGUGUCUCAGUUUACCCUGCUGUAAAAUUGACAUUGUAAUGUUUAUCUCCCAGAGGGGUGAUGAAGUUUGUUUAAUAUUUGUAGCAAAACAUAUAAGCUCCUCAGCAGAAAGAUAUAGAAGUGCACAGUACUAUUACUGUUUGUUAGUACAUGAUCUUCUGUCAGGAUAGUCCAACCAGUGGCUUUCUUUCCAUAUGAACUGCAAUAACCAAGUACAAUACAGUGAGUUAGGGGCAGAGUUCUCAAGUUCCUGGCUGUGUUGUUUAAGUCUGAGCCAAACCCCAUAAAGGACACUGCCAAGGUCUUUUGAACUGUUCUUACUCUAAUUUUUGCAGUUGCCAAUUAGGGAGCAAGAGACCAAACUCUGUUGGCCUGAUUUUCAAAAGUGCUGAUCACCCAACUGCUCCCAUUGGGUCUCCUUUCUUGAAGCCUCUUAUUUAGGUGCUAAAAUAUGGCCUAUCUUCAAGGCACCCAUUUGUGAACAUUUUGUCCUGUCGUUCAAAUAGUGGACAAGCCCAGCACAGCUCCUAGUUUGUUUGUCUUGUUUGUGGACAAGCACAUGUAUGUUUCAGCAG